ACUUAACAUGACAAGUUACACUUGUUACACCAGACAAACAUGUUUUUGACACGUCUUUCAAAAUAAGAAUAAGGAAACAACUCUUAAACUAAGAGAAACUAAAACGUAAUUGCCAUUUAGGUUUGUACACGUCUCUCUAUCUGUGUGUUUGUGAAAAAUGGCAGAAGCCAGUAUUUUAUGGGCUCAGGAUCAGUUUACCUGUCCAGUGUGUCUGGAUCUACUGAAGAAUCCAGUGACCAUUCCCUGUGGACACAGUUACUGUAUGGACUGCAUUACAAACUGCUGGGAUCAGGAUGAUCAGAAGCGAAUCUACAGCUGCCCUCAAUGCAGACAAACCUUCACACCAAGACCUGUUUUAGGUAAGAAUGUGGUGUUUGCUGAAAUGCUGGAGAAACUGAAGAAGAAAAAACUUCAAUCUGCCUCUGAAUCUGCUCAUUGUUACGCUGGACCUGGAGAUGUGGAGUGUGACAUCUGUACUGAGAGAAAACUAAAAGCAGUCAAGUCCUGUCUAGUUUGUCUGAACUCUUACUGUCAAAAUCACCUCAACCAGCAUGAGAAUUUCUUUAAAGGUAAAAACCACAAAGUGAUCGAUGCCACUGAACGACUACAAGAAAUGAUCUGCAAAAAACACAACAAACAACUAGAAAUCUACUGCCGUACUGACCAACAAUGCAUUUGUUAUCUGUGUACGAUGGAUGUUCACAAAAAUCACGACACUGUGACAGCUGUGACAGAGAGGACAGAGAAACAGACACUUUUGAUGGAGACACAAAGAAAUUUAAAGCAGAGAAUCCAGGAGAGAGAGAAGAAGCUUCAGGAGCUGAGACAGACUGUGGUCUCUCAUAAGCACUUUGCACAGACAGCAGUGGAGGACAGUGAGAGGAUCUUUACUGAACUGAUCCGAUCCAUUGAGAGAAGACGAUCUGAGGUGACACAACUGAUCGGAGAUCAGGAAAAGACUGCAGUGAGUCAAGCUGAAGGAGUCAUGAAGCGUCUGGAGGAAGAGAUUGAUGAUCUGAAGAGGAGAGACGCUGAGCUGAAGCAGUUUUUACAAACAGACGAUGACUUUCAUUUCCUGCAGAGUUUCAAGUCUUUCUCUGUGACUUCUGGAUAUUCAGAUGUUUCCAGCAUUAUUGUCAGUUCACUUCUCACUUUUGAUGAUCUGAGAAAAUCUGUUUCUAAACUCAGAGAAAAACUGGAGGAUUGUAAAGAAGAGAUUAAACGUAUAUCUGACAGAGUAAAAUCCACUGAAAUUAUUUACAAAGAACCCAGAACUAGAGAGGAUUUCCUACAAUAUUCCAUUCUGCUGUCUCUGGAUCCAAACACAGUGAAUAAAAAUCUCCAUCUGUCUGAGAAGAACACUGUGGCUACUUACACUGACAUAGUCCAGCCGUAUCCUGAUCAUCCAGACAGAUUUAGUGAUUUGAGUAAAGUUUUGUGUAGAGAGAGUUUGUGUGGACGCUGUUACUGGGAGGUUGAGAGGAGUGGUAGUGUUGGUGUAUCAGUGUCAUAUAAGAGCAUCAGCAGGAAGGGAUGGGGUGAUGAGUGUUUGUUUGGAUGUAAUGAUCAGUCCUGGAGUUUGUACUGCAGAGACUCCAGCUGUAUAUUCAGGCACAAUAACAAAGACACUAAACUCCCUGUAGUAUCUAGGUCCUGUAGAAUAGGAGUGUAUGUGGAUCACAGUACAGGAUCUCUGUCCUUCUACAGCGUCUCUGAUACAAUGAACCUCAUACACAGAGUCAACACCACAUUCACUAAACCACUUUAUGUUGGGUUUUGGCUCAAUUCAAACUCAAACAUAAAACUCUGCAAUCUGACAAGAUAGAAGAUACAGAGAUUUUACAAAUAAUCGUGUUUUAUCACAACUUUGACCUACAUGAUUAUAGCAACAGUGAAAUGUUAGGAGUCUUUUAUUAUUUUAUGAAAAAUAUCAUUGAAACACUUAAACACAACCCUUAUCACUGCAUGCCAUUUAUCACAAUAAACGAUUGAUUUAAAAAAAAUUGAAUCAACUCGUCUGGGCUACAGUGUAGAGAUAAAACACGAUACUUUGCUUGUUGGGUUUAUUCUGUACUUAUUUGCUUGUUUCUACUGUACAAGAUAUGAUUCAUAAAAUGUGUUGUAAAUCCUACUUCAAUAUCACUGUACUUACAGCAUGCAUGUAAAGCCUUUAUCACUGUAAAAGUUUUGGAUUGUGCCCUUUAUAACGAGGCAAAACACCUCACUUCACUAAUAAAAACAUAUUCCCAGCAAUUACUUAAUACAUUCAAUAUGAUUUCUUAAAAAUGAUGACGUCACGUGUUGUUUCAGAAUAAAUGUCUCUUUGGUUAAUAUAUAGGCUACAUUAUAUACUGCUAUGCAGGUGCGCAUGAGCGAUUAAAAAAAGUGUUAAAAUGAAUGUGUGUUGUAAACUUUCAAGAGAAACUUGAACAUGAGCUACAGCAGAUAGCCAAAAAAUGCUACAUCAUCUUUUACCUCAUGUCCUCCUCUACAAAAUUAGCAUUUUAUUUGGUUAAGUGCAUGAAUAAUCUCUUGCUAUUUAUUGUAAGUGCAAAACACAACAACAUACUGUUAUGAUAUAAAAAAGCUGACAUUAGCUGGAAACACAAAAAAAUUGUUUGCAGGAGGCUGGAACCCUCAGGGCCUGAGCUAUACAAUUUCAAACUUCAUAAAAAGCGCCUCUUUUUAUAUUUAUUAUAAAGCAGAUAACAUAUAAAAUAUAUAUUUUUAAUCAUUUCCGUUGCCAUGAUGCGCACGCAGGCUAUUUCAUUACAUGCAUUGUAAAAAGGUCUUUAUAAAACGUCUCGUUCUGGUUCUUCAUUCUGAUUGGUUGAAACGGGUUCUAAGCCGUGAUAAAAUACCCCGGUAAACCCACGGUUCAGACCGCAUCACAAGUAUCACUGCGCCACUGUUGCUGCAUACUGAUUUAUGAAAAUAAAUACCACAGUCUUUAAUCAUAUUUUUAAUUUUUCUACAUUUGCACAAUUAUGGCGAUAUCCAGAUAAAUGUCAAUAAAUAUUGUUGAGUCAUCUCGUCAAUAAAGAGAAAACGUUCUCUGGGUUGUUUUUGUAUUAAUGGAUAUUUCCGCUAUUGUCCACUAGAUGGCAAUCUUACCCAACUUAA